UGUCCCUGCUGGGUGGGAAUCUUGAUUGUGAGCAGCUGCCCUGAACUGCAGCUUCCUCCAUGGCGAAGGCUUUUUUUUCCAGAGGAUCAAGACAUUUUUAGAUGUAACAUGAGCCUGAACAAGUAACCUGACAACUUCCUGUAGCACUGUGUCCUAAGCUCCGGGAAGGCAGAGCUGAGACAUCAAACUUAGAGACCAAGUCCUCAGGACACUGUGGCCUCCAUUUGCUCCUCUCCACAGAUUCGGGAUCUCUUGGUUGGUGUCUGAAGGCUUGAGAGCAAAUCUAGAGGGCAGAAUUUGGAAGAAAACACUCUUUGUUCUGGAGCACACCCACAGAAUUCACUGAACAUGAAAAAGUUGAGCUAGUGCCUACAUGGAGCCUUCACCUCUACAUUCUAGUCUCUCUGGUGAACGAAGAUCCUCUGCAGGCUACCAAAAGAAAUUCAAACACCAACCAAGUCACAAAGCCUUCACCUACAGUCUGUCCUGCCUGUGAGAUAUGCUAGGGCAGUAGUGGCACAAAACUGGUGGCAGUAGCCAACCAAGCUCGGAUUUGACUUAAGGCCUACACCAAGGGAAUGAACCCAUACCAGAUAUUGUGUGGGCAGACCAAGAACCAGAAACUACAUAGCCCAGAAGCCUAGGGUAAAAUCCAAACUCUACUGGACUUACAAAAAAAGGAAAGAAAAACACAAAACAAGUAAACAUUUCAUUUUGUUUUGAGUUGUAUAUUUUUGAGCCUGCCUGUGUGUAUACACAUUUGAAAGGAUGGUUGGGAUAAUAACAGCUGGUUGAUUCCUUGAAGCUGGAGUUGCAAGUAGUUGUGACCUGCUUCAUGUGGGUGCCAGGAAGUCAACUAGGAUCUUCUACAGAGUAAUACACACUCUUAAACAAUAAGAAAAAUUGUUGCCUAUGUGAAUCAGGAGAUGGACUGUGUACACUCCACGUCAGUCUGUCUCUCAGGUACCUGAGCAGAAGUGUCUGGAGUACAGACAGACAGACUCAGCAUCACAGCAACAAUGGCCUCAUCAGUCCUAGAAAUGAUCAAGGAGGAGGUAUCCUGCCCUAUCUGCCUAGAGCUUCUGAAAGACCCUGUGAGUGCCAAUUGUAACCACAUCUUCUGCCGAGCCUGCAUCACUCUGAACUAUGAGUCCAGCAAAGGCAAAGAAGGGGAGGGCAUCUGCCCUGUGUGCCGAGAUAGUUACCUGUUUGGAAAUCUGAGGCCUAAUUGGCAUGUGGCCAACAUAGUGGAGAGGCUCAAGGAGUUCAAGUCCAGCCCAGAGAAGGAGCAGAAGGUGAAUGUCUGUGCACAACAUGAAGAGAAACUCCAGCUCUUCUGUGAGAAGGACAUGGUGGCCAUCUGCUGGCUUUGUGAGCGAUCUCAGGAGCACCGUGGUCACCAAACAGCUCUCAUUGAAGAGGUGGCCAAUAAGUACAAGGGGAAGCUCCAGGCUGCCAUGGAGAUGCAGAUGGCUAAUGAGAAAAGAUGUGACCAGUGGGAUGAUGACCUUCAAAAGGAGAGAACUUCCUGGGAGAACCAAAUACAGAGUGAGGUAGAAAACGUUCAGAAGGAGUUUAAAGGACUGUGGGAAUUCCUGGACUCCAAGGAGAAGAAUGAGCUGCAGAAGCUGAUGAAAGAGAAGGAAGACAUUCUGGACAUCCUGGCAGUGUCUCAAAAUGAACUGGAGAAGCAGAGGGAGUCAGUGAGAGAAGUCAUCUCAGAUCUGGAGCAUUGCUUGCAGUGCUCAACCAUGGAGAUGCUGCAGGGGGUGAAUUGUGUUUUAACAAGGAGUCAGAACUUAAGACUGAAACAGCCCGAAAUCAUCUCGAGAAAACAGAGAAAGGUCUUCCGAGCUCCGGAUCUGAAGGGCAUGCUGCAAGUGUUUCAAGGGCUCCAGGAUGCCCAGCACCACUGGGUUCACGUGACCCUGCCUGAACUCUGCAAUAAAAACAUUGUCAUUAGUGAAGACAAAAGACAAAUACAACACGGAAGUGGUUAUAUAAGUAAUUUGCAAGUUUCUGAGUCCUAUGAUUUAGGUGUCCUAGGGUAUCCAGCUAUCUACUCAGGGAAACAUUACUGGGAAGUAGACGUGUCUAGAUGUGAUGCCUGGCUCCUGGGAAUAAAUGAUGGAAAAUGUGCUAAACCCCUGCUUCCUUCAAUGAACCAACAGGGCUUCAAAACCGAAUAUAAGUGUGGUGUUAAACAACAUGUAAAUUAUGAGAAAAACUAUGGUUUUAGCUGGGGAUCCAAAUCAUAUUUUAAGGAUAAACAUUAUGAUUAUCGGUCUGAGUAUGAAGCUAUAGAUAAUUCUGAUAAUAAACAGCAUGUAAAUUAUCAGCCCAAAUAUGGCUACUGGGUUAUAGGGAUGAGAAACAGAUCUGUAUAUAAUGCCUUUGAAGAGUGUUCUGUCACCCACAAUGCCAGUGUUUUGCUCCUCUCUCUGAAUUGUCCUCCCAGUCAUGUUGGAGUUUUCCUGGACCGAGAAGCUUGCACUCUCUCAUUUUAUGAUGUUUCCAACCAUGGAGCUCUCAUCUAUAGAUUCUAUGAACCGAACUUCCCUGAUGCGGUUUAUCCAUAUUUUAAUCCUAUGGAAUGUUCAGAGCCAUUGACAGUCUCUGGGCCGCCCUCCUAAGCCCUCACCCAUGUCUGCACAGUGCCCCUGUGUCUGAUGUAUCUCAAAUGUCUAAGCUCUGUGGGAUCAUUUUAACUUUUUUUUCUGUCUUUGCUUGCAAGGAACCAUCAAACUACCUUGGCCUAGCUGCCUUGAGAGGCAUGAGUCAUAGGUUUUUCAUGUUAGAGUCCAUGGCUCCUGGUGUACACUGUGCCUUCCAGUUCCCAAGAGAUGAGUGCACUCACUCAGGCAGUGAAACAUUCAGGCUAUAUUGAAUUCUCUGUUUGUUCCCCCUAAUAGUCAAGGAAGCAUGGAAAUUUAACAGGACAAUAGGUAUUAGACAUUAAUCGUGAGUACCCUGUAUAACCUUCAAACUUCAUUGUUUUCUGACAAGCAAAUUGCAUUGAUCCUGGCAACUGCCACUAUGAUCUGUUUCUGAUAAAGGUAUAAAAGUCUGAUUGCUCUCAAUAAAAUUGUCACAGCCUUUAUCUUGCUGUGGUCCCU